AUGGCUCCUCAACAAAGGCAAUCUGUAAUCGUCGACACGGAUUGGGAGCGGGUUAGGCCCGUCAUUCGACAACUAUAUCUUCGAGAAGAUAGAACGCUAAGCUUUGUUCUUACCACCCUCAAGACCCUGCAUAAUUUCCAGGCAAGCAAAUCCCAGCUGGAAUGGAAACUCAAGCAAUGGCACAUAGUCAAGAACAUGACCGCCCAACAGUGGAAGCAUGUCAAUGCUCGGGUCGUUGAGCGACAAAGCCUGGGCAAGGAAAGCAGUUUGUAUCUCUCUGGGGUUAUAUUAGAACCUGCAGCGGUAAAAAAGGCAAGAAGUCGGCACUCUCACACUUCAGUCCUCGAACAGUUCAAUCCAGCAUUGGUCGCAUACUCAUUGCCUGCGGAUUUGCCACUAAUCAUUCGAACCCCGUCGCCCGAUCCAGGAGCUCGAUGUCGUAUUGCGGACAUUCCAUGGUUUCAAUGUCAACAACUCUUGAGUGCUUUGACAAUAUCAGAAACCAUAUCCCCGCAAGUCCCUAACAUCUCAUCCGCCACCAAUUCCGUUUUCAGGGCGCUCAGCUAUGUCGUAUCCCGGGAGCCUCGACCAUUAUUACACGCACCAAACGCCCAGCAAAUCUUCCAGGCUCUGUCCCUCGUAAUGCCUGUGAAAGCAACAGAAGACCAUGCAUAUAGGACAGAAGGGAUCAUCCAAUACUCGUCGUCAAGAGUGCUCACAUCCGAAGCCUUGGAAACCAUCAUCUUCCUACUCUCCAAUGGUUUCUGUGGCUACUUGGAUCACGAAGUUCAGGAGCGAGACAAUAUCAAUGAGGCGAUUUUGGCGAUAAUCCGGGUAUCCAAUACCUGGAAACUGCUAGUAUCUCAGCGUCGUAACAAUUUACCGCUGAGUCUUCAAGCUUCUCUAGAUCGGAUGUUCGAGAAAGCAGUAAUAGCAUCAGAUCUUAUUACUAUGGAGUCUCUUAUCAUGGCCGGGGUCGAUGUUGACCUGCCUCUACAGAAUGCGCCGUGGAACGAGGAUACAUUCAAAUCUUCGAGAGCACUCCACUGGGCCGUCAUUUCACUAAACUUGAACAUGGUGGACCUCCUCGUCAGACUUGGUACUAGUACCGAGUCAGUUGAUCUUGAGAUGCUUCAGGUAAUAUGCCGUAGACAUCGCAUGUACGAUGAAACGGCACUUGCGGCUAUGUCGAAAUGGAUACUGUCCGUGUACGAAUACCAUGACAGAGACGAUCCCGUAGCCCAGCACCUCUUGGAGUAUCUCUCUUGGACACCUCACUCUCCGAACACAGAGCUUAUCCUGCACUGUCUGGGGCCCAAACUUCGCAAGCCUGAGACACUUGGUCAGUUUCUCAUCACAGCCGUCAAAACAAGGAGUCAAUCUACUUCUGAAUGGAUUUCUAAGCACUCGAAGUACCUCGACUAUAUCAACUUCUUAGGGGAGUCAGUCCUCGGCGCUGCAGUCUCCAGGAAAGAAUAUCAAUUGUGUGAACGCCUCUUGGAGCUGGGGUCUGCGUCAGAGCCUGCCGACGGUGCCUAUCACAGCGUAUAUGGCACACCACUUCAAUGCGCCGCUUCCAAUGCUGAUUCGAGACUCAUCAGACUUCUGCUGGAUCACGGCGCAGAUGUGAACCACUGCCAACCCUCUAUGGAAGCCGACGAUAUUCUGAGAGCACAUCUGCGUCGUGUCUAUACUUCUAAAGCCACUCAUGAAGAGCUUUUUGGUGGAGAGAUUGGAAGAACUGCAUUACAAUCGGCCUUGUCGAGCGGUCGUGAGGAGAAUGCUCUAUUUCUCCUCGCGCGCGGAGCAGAACAGAUCGGAGGAGAACUUUCAAUUGCAAUUCGCACUGGCCAGGAUAACAUGAUCACGCAGUUACUGGCACAUGGCGCUUCGCUCUCGGCAUUGAGCUUUGAUGACAGGCCAUCACCACUCGAGUCCGCCAUUGUGAAGCAGGAUCAUGAUCUGGCUCUACAAUCAUUCAAGCGACGAAUGCCACUCAGUUUCCAGCAAGAGCGCUUUAUAUAG